CUCUCUCUCUCUCUCUCUCUCAUUUUCGCAAAGACGCGCAUAAAAUACGAAAAAGCCAGCGAGCCAGAGAAACACAGAAGAGAGGAAGAGAAGGGAAGCAUCGCCGGGGGCACGGGUUGAUCCCAAUCUCUGAGCCACCGAGACGCGGUGAGGUUUGGUCGGUGAUCUGAUUCGUAGCCCGGCCACCACCGUCGUCGUCGUCGUCGUUGUCUCAUCCGGCUUUAGGAAUUUCAAACCCUCAAAAUCCCCCAAUCCAAACCCCAAUAAGGAAAAAGAAGAGAUAAAGUUUGGGAAAAGAAAGGGUUUUCCCUCUUUCCACGAUGCUGGAAUCAGGAGGGUAUUACAACUUCAAGAAAACCGAUGACAUCUGCGAGGACGUCUGCGGCCCGGCAUCGAAAGCAGCGAGGUUGAGAUGCAUCCUGAGAGGAUUCAAUCUGAGGGCAUUGCUGUUGUUGGUGAUCGGCAUCCCGCUCUGCAUCUUUGUCAUCUACCUUCACGGACAGAAGAUCACCUACUUCCUCCGGCCACUGUGGGAAUCCCCUCCCAAGCCCUUCAACUACAUCCCCCACUACUACCAUGAAAACGUCUCCAUGGAGAAUCUCUGCCGGCUUCACGGCUGGGGCAUCCGUGAGACCCCCCGCCGCGUCUUCGAUGCCGUCCUUUUCAACAAUGAACUCGAUAUCCUCUCCAUCCGCUGGAACGAGCUUCACCCUUACGUCUCUGAGUUCGUCCUCCUCGAAUCGAACUCCACCUUCACCGGCAAUCUCAAGCCCUUCUUAUUCGCCCAGAACCGGGAUCGCUUCGACUUCGUCAAGUCCAGGCUCACGUAUGGCACCUUUCCUGGGCGAUUCGUCAAGGGCGAGAACCCUUUUGUUGAGGAAUCCUACCAGCGUGUCGCCUUGGAUCAGCUUAUCCGCAUCGCUGGCAUAGCCGAUGAUGACUUGCUCAUCAUGUCUGAUACUGAUGAGAUCCCCAGUGGUCACACCAUCAAUCUUCUCAGAUGGUGCGAUGACAUUCCUGAAAAACUGCACCUCCAGCUCCGAAACUAUCUCUACUCUUUCGAGUUCUUCUUGGAUGACAAGAGCUGGAGGGCCUCCGUCCAUAGGUAUCGCUCCGGGAAGACAAGAUACGCACAUUAUCGUCAAAGUGACGAGCUUUUGGCAGAUUCUGGUUGGCACUGCAGCUUCUGCUUUAGACGUAUUGAUGAAUUCAUAUUUAAGAUGAAGGCUUACAGUCAUGUUGAUCGGGUGAGGUUUAAGUAUUACUUGAAGCCUUCGAGAAUUCAGAAUGUGAUUUGCCAUGGCGCUGACCUUUUUGAUAUGCUUCCGGAGGAGUAUACAUUCAAGGAAAUCAUCGGGAAGAUGGGACCUAUACCAAGCUCUUAUUCUGCUGUUCAUCUCCCAGCUUAUUUACUUCAGAAUGUUGAUAAGUAUAAGUACCUUCUUCCAGGCAACUGCAUGAGAGAGAGUGGCUAGCUCCCAUUGGAUGCAGCACAGAAGGAGAUUACUUAUGUUGCUGUGAAGGUUUCUUUGGUAAAUGGUGCCUGUGAAAUUGUAGUAAUUGAAUACUAUUUGAUGAUUUUUCUGAGGGAAGUAGGCAAGCACGGAUGAUCAAUGAGGGCUAGAAAUGUGCAGUUGUAUUUCAAGAGUUUACAGUGUCACUUCAUGCUUGCUUUUUGGCGCAUUUAUUUACCAAAGGAGCUCAUGCCAGGAGCAGAGCUACCAUGGGAAGUAGCCCUUGUGGUAUGUUAUAUUAAACUUGGAUGCUGUGUAGAUGAAAAAGUGACAUUUCUGAAGUUCACUAUUAUGGAAAUUUGUUUUCCCUUGAAACUAAUUUAUUCAUGUAUUCUUCUCACGACUUGCUGUGAUGCUCUUAUUGACUCCAUUGUAUCAUCUGAUUUAUGUAAACUCUCUGUCUGACAUCAUGUCGCAUCAUUUGAAAUUUGAUUUACUGGUAUAAUUACAAUAACCACUUUUCUGGUGGCAA